CUGCAUCUUCCACCAGCCUCUUGUAGCCUCAAACAACAAAUCGUCGAUUCACUGUGUCUAGACGGACCUGUUGUACUUCCGAGUUUCAGCCAGGUCUCUCACAAAAUGAGGAUUUGGACUUCUGCUGCGCUCUGGAUUUGAUCUUCGUUUCUGGUAUCCUCAUCGGUUCCCACUGCUUGCGGCUGAUACUGGGCUACCUUGAGGAUUUACCCCUGGUAUAUUAAGUCUCUAUCAACUCAGAACAGCUGCCUAUCAUGUCUGGCAAUGUAGAGCCCAUCGCCAAGGUUGUUCCCGCUCAGCUUUCGUUCCUUGCCAUCUACAACCCGCUUCUAGGUCAGACCGACGAGGAGUUUCGAAAGCAAGUCGUCUUUUAUUAUUCAAAGGAGUCAAAUACAAAUUUGUCAGACAACGCUGCAAAUGAUGAAGAGAACCAAAAACUUCGUCAUGUCGGGCUGGCGCAGGGUAUGGUAGAUUUUGCCAGGAGCUUCGCAAACGGCGCAGCUGUAGACUCUGUGGACACCAAGAAGACUAGGGUCGUCAUGCGAGAGAUCGAGGAAAACUGGUGGAUCUUGGCUUCGGUUGAUCUCACUGCUCUACCUGUGAAUGCUACGUCAAGCGGUACCACCAAAGGGAGCGGCCCUACGAAACCAUCAACAGAGUAUUCGUCUCGCGAAGUAAGCCCACCGGCAUUACUACUGGAGCAGCUCUCCCAGGCCCACCGCAUGUUUCGGCUUCACCAUGGCUCGACCUUGACAGAUCUAAUCACUAGACUAGGCCGAGAUAGAUUCUGUAACACGCUUGACCGAUUCUGGAGCCGCUUUGCACAGCGAUGGGACGUACUGCUGCAUGGAAGCCCUGCAGUCAGCAUCUAUGGCGGUAUCAAGCUCGCAGCAGGAGGUGAGCUUGGCAUCGGGGUUGGUGAAGAAGAAUGGGGCAGUGGUGAACGCGAAGUUCUUGAAGAAUUUGCACGGCGUACCGAUGGACUAGUAGAUGUUGUCGUGUCUCGCUACGGCGAACCUGCAGAGGAGCAAUCUGAGGUGCCAGCAAAGUCGAAGUCGAAGAAGAAGAAAGACGCAAGAUCAGGCCCCCAAACGCCGUGGAUGGGUAGCGGGCAGAUUCCAAGGGCUUCUGACGGCGUCGUCUUCUCUGGAGUCGGUGCUAUCUCCAGGACAUCUCUGCGUGACGUCUCGGAAUGGAUGGAGUCAAUUUACGGAUACGGAGAGUAUGCGUAUGGUGUCAGAGACAAUCCAAGUUCAGAUCGUAAAAGGAGACGAAGACGUGCUCAGAGAGAAGUAUCCAAUACUCAGGAGACAUCUUCUACGCAGCAGGAGUAUCCUCCUUCUGUUUCUUCUGCUAAAGCGCUGCCUCGAGGAAUACCACGGCCUAUCGUCCGCGCUGCCGAAAAAUCACUAGAGAGGGCUUCAGAGGCAGUCGAGGCAAAUGACGCCAAAGAGACCAUUCCAGAUAGCAAGGCAGAGUCUGGAGCUUUGAACUCUAUCACCGAUCCUGAAGCCUGGAAGUACUACUUGACGCUCGGCUACUCCUCGUGGGGAUCCAAGGAUCCUCAAACUAACAAUGUCAAAGAUAAAGAGGACAGUCCUGACAAUAAUCCACCCGCAGUCCCCCAAAGCGAUGCAGCAGACACAGCGCUUCGUAACCAGCCUAGACACCCCGGUAACCUCAUCCCAGCUUCCCAAAUUGACCGCGUCGAAGAGAUGAUAAAAAAAUCCAUCGAACAGGAGAACAAAGGCCACUUUAUCAUUGGCCUAAAGGGUGACAUGGACGAAAUCGCCGACGAAGACCCCGAUGACAGCGGAUCCGAAGGCUGGAACAACCGAAUCCUGCUCCGCACACUCUACAUCGAACUCGAGCGCUCAUUGAACACCGACUCUACAGAUGACGAUCAGACAGACUACGAAAAAAUGAUCAAGGCAGAAUCCCAACACAAAAAGACGCAUACCCGGCUGCGCGUCGUCGUAUAUAUCGUAUGUCUACCCAUCCACAAACACUCCAUCCAACACACACACAAACUCAAAGAAUCCCGCUACCCUACCUUUCAGCUAACACUCACUCCCUCCUCACAGCACCGGCCCUUCAUCUACACCUUCCUCUUCACCCCCCGCGCCGACUCCCUCACCCUCGCCUCCUUCUACCAAAACCUCCACACCUACUUCUCCCCGCUCCACGCCCCCCUGAGCGCAUCCACUUCCCCCCAGCGCAUCACAUCCCGCAUCGCCUCAACCUCCCAACCCUACACCACAUCCCCCGUAGACCCGUCCUCCGCAUCCGCCGCCGCCGCCGCCCCAAUCUUCGAUCUCGUCUUCGACCCCCGCACCCUCACCCUCCACUCCAGCAUCCCAGACAUCCCCGACCCGGGCAGUAGCAGCAGCCUACUAUCCGCCGAUGCCCUCUCCACCACCACCACAACAACAACAACAACCCAAUCUCCCGAAACAAGCACAUGGACCCGCAUCGACGCCCUCAGCGUCCACGCCGCCAUCCUCGACGCCGUCCUCCGCACCCGCCGCAUCGACGCCCUCACGAACAUCGAACAAACAGGCAAGACGAGCCGCGGCUGGUGGGUCGUCUGGCUGCGUCUCCCAGGCAGUAAUGCCAGCUCGCGUGAUCCGUAUCCGACGCCGUCGUCGGAGGCAGUAUCGGCGGCGGCGACGGCAGCAGCGACGACGACGACGACGGGACGAUCGAAGGUGCAGAACGGGCAGGGGACGACGUUGCUGAGGGAGGCGUUUCUGGUGCGGCGGGCGCGUGAUGUGGGGAGUGAUGGGAGUGCUGGUGGUGGUGGUGGGAGUAAGGCUGGUGGGUCUGGGCGGGUGGUGAGUGGGUUGUGGAAGAUGGGGCUUGGGGGGAGCGGGGAGAAGAUGGGUGGGAGGGCAGAAGGGUGGGGACCGAAGGGGAUGGCGGAGGGAAUUGGGAUUGAUGCGAGGAAGUAUGUUGAGACGUUGUUGAGUUUGAAUCGAUAAGGAGUGAUGGGCUGAGUGAUGGAGGGAGAGAGAGAGAGAGAGAGGGGGGGGGGGGGGGACCGUAUCUGGAGGCCAGCGUAGGAAAUGAUUUUUUCCACAACACUUGACCUGGAUUUAGGGGGGGCAUUCGGUUGCACAUAUGUUUUCGGCUGGGCAUCAUCAUACACUACACCACGUUCGCUCAUUAGGAAGGAACUUCAAGGCAGACUCCCUACAAAUAUGACUCCAGACAAACGUGUCGACCAU